AUGGCCCUCAGCUUCGCAAAGCGAGCUGGACGGACGUUGGCUUUGAUGUUGCACAGGACGAUGGCCGUGCGCGUCCACGAUGUAGCGCUGCUUCGCGGGCGAGGUGGCGCUCUUGGCAGCGCCGGACACAUGGUGGUGCGCGUAGCCGGAGGCAGAGGACAGGGUGCGCUCGUGCGAUGCGUGCGCGGCGGUGCGCAGCGUCGAGUGGGCGUGCCCGGAGAAGAAGGCGUCGGGCGGUAG